AUGACCUCCAAAAGACGACUAUCAAGCAACAAUGAGCAUAAAUCUGCGGUAGAAAGCUCGAUACCCGAACGCGCGGCCGAGAUCGCCGAAGAACUGAGCAAGAAAAAACCAGAAUACCACGAGCAACCUUUAACGCAUCAUGACGCUGGCGAGUUUGCUCAGAUGCAACGUCACAAUACUACAAGUGAGCAGGCGGAAAGGCUGGAAAGCGCAUCGGUGAACCCAUUCACAGGACAAGCCUUCACACCCCGCUAUUUCGACAUUUUGAAGAUCAGAAGGGAGCUGCCAGUCCAUGCCCAAAGAGACGAGUUUCUAAAGAUCUACCAACAAAACCAGAUCAUGGUGUUUGUGGGUGAAACUGGUUCCGGUAAAACCACUCAAAUCCCCCAAUUUGUGCUUUUUGACGAGAUGCCACAUCUACAGAACACCCAGGUGGCCUGUACUCAACCUCGUCGUGUGGCAGCCAUGUCCGUGGCCCAGAGAGUCAGCGAGGAAAUGGAUGUCAAGCUAGGCGAAGAAGUCGGUUACUCGAUUCGUUUUGAAAAUAAGACCUCCAACAAAACCAUAUUGAAGUAUAUGACUGACGGUAUGCUGUUGAGAGAAGCCAUGGAGGAUCACGACUUAACGCGCUAUUCGUGCAUUAUCCUCGAUGAAGCACACGAAAGGACCCUGGCUACCGAUAUUUUGAUGGGUCUGUUGAAACAAGUGGUGGUGCGCAGACCAGACCUCAAGAUUAUCAUCAUGUCUGCCACUUUGGAUGCUGAAAAAUUCCAGAAAUACUUUAUGGAUGCCCCAUUGUUGGCUGUGCCUGGUAGAACUUUCCCUGUCGAGCUGUAUUACACCCCAGAAUUUCAAAGGGACUAUCUGGAUUCUGCAAUCCGGACCGUACUGCAGAUCCAUGCCACCGAAGACCCUGGCGAUAUCCUGUUGUUUUUGACGGGUGAGGAAGAGAUUGAAGAUUCGGUGCGGAAGAUUUCUUUAGAAGGUGAUCAACUGAUGAGAGAACAGAACUGCGGUCCCAUCAGUGUUUAUCCGUUGUACGGUUCUUUGCCACCUCACCAACAGCAGCGUAUCUUUGAGCCAGCUCCCGAGGCCGUGAAUGGACGUGCUGGCAGAAAGGUCGUGGUAUCAACAAACAUUGCCGAGACAUCGCUGACAAUCGACGGUAUCGUGUAUGUGGUGGAUCCUGGUUUUUCGAAGCAGAAAGUUUACAAUCCUAGAAUCAGAGUGGAAUCUUUGCUAGUGUCGCCAAUCUCCAAAGCAUCCUCUCAGCAAAGAGCCGGUCGUGCUGGUCGUACAAGACCGGGCAAAUGUUUCAGACUCUACACCGAAGAAGCCUUCCAGCGGGAGUUGAUCGAGCAAAGCUACCCUGAAAUUCUGCGCUCGAACUUGUCGUCAACAGUUCUGGAGCUGAAGAAGCUUGGAAUCGAUGAUUUGGUGCAUUUUGAUUUCAUGGACCCACCCGCCCCAGAGACCAUGAUGAGAGCUUUAGAGGAGCUUAACUACCUUGCAUGUUUGGACGAUGACGGAAACUUGACGCCGCUGGGCCGUCUGGCCUCUAACUUCCCGCUAGAUCCGAUGCUGGCAGUGAUGCUGAUAGGAUCGGCAGAAUUCCACUGCUCCGAGGAGAUGUUAACUAUUGUGGCUAUGCUGUCCGUGCCCAGCGUGUUUGUGCGUCCUCCAAAGGACAAGAAAAGAGCCGACGACGCCAAGACUAUUUUCGCGCAUCCCGACGGCGACCACAUUACGCUGUUGAACGUAUACCAUGCUUUCAAGUCUGACGAAGCUUACGAAUACGGCGUUACCAAAUGGUGUCGCGACAACUUUUUGAAUUACAGAGCGCUAUCGUCUGCAGACAAUAUCCGGUCCCAAUUGGAAAGACUAAUGGUGCGCUACAACUUGGCCCUGACCACAACCGACUAUGAAGAUCCUCGUUAUUUCGACAACAUCAGAAAGGCCUUGGCAGCGGGCUUUUUCAUGCAAGUGGCCAAGAAAAGAUCCGGUGGCAAGGGCUACAUCACGGUGAAGGAUGACCAGGACGUGUUGAUCCACCCAAGUACUGUGCUUGGACAUGAUGCAGAGUGGGUGGUCUACAACGAAUUUGUAUUGACCUCGAAGAACUAUAUCAGGACUGUCACUUCUGUUAGGCCCGAAUGGCUCGUAGACCUGGCCCCUGCGUAUUACGACCUGGACAAUUUCAGAAAGGGUGACGUCAAGCUUUCCCUGGAGCGCAUUAAGCAAAAGGUCGACAGAGUAAAAGAACUAAAUGACGAAAAGACCAAGAGGAAGAGCAAGAAGAGCAAGCACAGAGACUAG